AUGCCUUUCCUACGGCGUCGUGGCGUCAAUGCCAGCGAAUCGGAUAUGAGGCGCCACACCAUACUUCUCGACCCUGUCAACGACGGCCCUAUUUCCCUGCCUCGCAAAUCUGAAGCCGAGGAGACCCAGCAGCCCGACCCGGCGGCGAUCCCACCCAUCAUUUUGGAAGACACGACUGCUGCCAAUUCGGGAGAGAAUGGCGGCACAGAUGGUGCUGAGCGACCGUCCACUUCUGGUGACAGGAAUGAGGAGGACCUCACACGCCUGCGCAGUGGCGGCCUCGACCCUCUCGAUCGAUCAAUAUCCCCCCCGAUCCAGGCAGACAGUCAGAAGCACCGAAGGUUCAGCAUGCUCAGGUUUCGCAAUGCCUCGGAUUCGCAACUCUCAGCCAGGAUAAAACAACAACAGCUGCAGGAAGCGGCCGACAACCCCCUGCCGCCCACACAAACACCGUCUAUUAUCACGACCGCACCGACUAUGCAGCUCGAUGCUGAAGCGAAGAAGCCACGUCUUAAGUUGACGAUGAGGAUGCGCCGCUCGGGAGAAGUUGCUCGUGAAGGACAAGGAUUACCAGAGACACCAUCGGGACUAGGCGCAGCUUUCUCUAGCGCAAGCAAAAGAAGGCGAAGCAUGAACGAGCGGACAUUAUCUUCUACUUCAACCACGAGCAAGCACACAGUCACUUUUGAGGAACCCCUCAGGGAGCAGGCCGAAGGCAACGACUACGGGGCAACCUUAACACCACCAGCGCCACGGGCCUCGGAAUCGUCACGUUCCGAAUACAGCUUCCAUGACCCUGGGAUUUCUCGAAGUACCACUGCAUCGACAAGUUCUGCGAGCAGCUUCUUCCGGCUUGGUCGUCGCAAACCAAAGCAAUCUGAACCAAUGUUCCCCAUUGCGCAUCUGCAGCAGAAAGGCAAAUCCAUGGACCCUGCGGCCGGCUCAAGCUCGUCGCUGGUUCCGAGCAACAAAUCUCGCACUUCUGUCGGGCAAGACCGAGCUACGACACCUGUAGCGUCCCCAACUCAUGGCUUGGGGUUGUUUUCCAAAGCUGCUGGCUCACCUGCCACGCCAAAGUUCCGCCCCCCAUCUCAACAUUCUGGACAAUCAUCGCCUACGCGAGGACCUUUGGGACUAAGAGGUCGAUCGUCAACGAUGAGCUCUCUCGGUGGCGCCUCAUUGAAUGAACGCUCUGGGCAGCUUGAUCCUCCUAGGAACUCUGCUUCUAUUGGCCGCAAGAGUUUCGGAGACCUGCUCGGACUGAGCAGAAUGCGUCCUAACGUCGACGGGCUUCGGCAAGGUACUUUGACACCAGCCACACCAGCGUCGAACAACUCCAAGAACAACUCACUCCAGUUACCUCGGGAGCCGGUCGUCACACUGCCCGAGCGGCGAGAGGACGACUCGCCAGCCAAAUAUUUGGCAAGGGUUGAGGAUGAGCUGAAGCGCAGUGUGAUAGCAGCGGCACUAUCGAAACCAACGGAUCCUUUCUUUGCCGCCGUGCUGAGAAGCUAUAUGCGGAAGUUCAGUUUCUUUGAAGAGCCUAUGGAUAUGGCGAUUCGCAAGCUUCUUAUGGAAGCCGAGUUGCCAAAGGAGACACAGCAGAUUGAUCGAUGCUUAGAGGCGUUUGCGAACCGCUACCACGAGUGCAAUCCAGGAAUCUAUUCGAAUCCAGAACAAGCGUACUUUAUCGCAUUUUCUCUCCUCAUCCUCCACACAGAUGUCUUCAAUAAGAACAACAAGCACAAGAUGCAGAAGCCAGACUACCUGAAGAACACCAGCGGAGAAGGCAUAUUUGACGAGAUAUUGGAGUGCUUUUACGACAACAUAUCAUAUACCCCUUUUAUCCAUGUCGAGGACGACAACAGCAUCAACGGGUCGGGAGAGCACAAGGUCCGCAAGUCAAUAUUUCCUCACGGCCCAACUGAGCCUCAUCGGAAGUCCAAAGACCCGAUCGAUCCAUAUACGCUGAUCAUUGACAACAAGCUUGACGUGCUCCGACCUCCGCUCAAGGAUCAGAUACCGCUCGAAGAGCAUUUGAGCUAUCUUGGGACCGCGAAAGAGCUCAAUCUCAAGGAGCUGCAGAAAACGUUCUUCCGCACUGGUGUACUUCAGAUCGUUUCUGCAAGGUCGAGGCCAGAUGCGUUCAUGACCGAAAAGACAUCGAUCAAUCCCGAGGAGGCGCAUGUCGGUAUUGUGGACAUCAAGGUGACCAAGGUCGGACUCUUGUGGCGUAAAGACGCCAAGAAGAAGAAGACACGCUCACCUUGGCAGGAGUGGGGAGCCAUCCUGACUGGCUCUCAGCUUUACUUUUUCCGCAAUAUCCAAUGGGUCAAGAACCUCAUUCACCAGUACGAUGCGCACAUCAAAGACGGCCAAGAUGGCAUCCCGCUCAUUUUCAAGCCGCCGCUCGACAACUUUAAGCCUGAUGCCCUCAUGUCCACUGAAGGCGCGGUUGCCCUGUUCGACACUGAGUACAAGAAGCAUAAGAACUCUUUCGUCUAUGUCAGACAUGGCGGCCUCGAAGAGGUCCUACUCGCUCCGACCGAAGACGACCGGAACGAUUGGCUUGCAAAACUCAACUACGCCGCCGCUUUCAGAAGCACAGGAGUUCGCAUGCGUGGUACGAACCACGAAGGCCAAACGCGCAGAGCCAUCCGGCGAUUGGACUCGAGUGAGCCAACGCAGCUUGUGCAAACCCCGACUGGAGAAGUCAGCAUCAAUCGGGGUCUGAUUGAUCAACAGAUGUUCCGCGAUAUUCACAUUGCGAGGCGCAGGAUGAUGGCCGAGAAGAUCGAGGAGUUGACGGAGAAACUUCAGACGGCCGACAAGAGUCUCGAGACGCAGCUGCGCAAUGCCCGACAUAUCAUGGUCUUGGCUCCGAUCCAGGAAAAGACCCGAGAACAGGUUCGAGCGGGCGCCUCCAGAAUCAUAGCCCUGCUGAAGUGGUCGCGCUCCGAGAUAUGGCGUCUGAAGUGUUACCAGGAUAUACUCAGAAUGGAUCUUGAAGAGGAGAGGGCUGCCAAUGGCGACCUUGGUGACACUGAGACCGCGUCACUGGCUCAUUCUGCGGACAGGACGUCUUUGAGACACAAGGAAUCCAAGGGUAGCUCUCGUCUAACAUUGCCGCAGAGCCCACCCUCCUUAUCGAGUGUGAUCAAUGAUGCGCUCGCCAAACAGACUGACGGCGGUUCUCCCAACACGGAUGUUUUCCAAACGCCGCCAACGAGCGCCACAGCGCCAGGUUACCAAGUACCAUCCCUGAGAGACCUGCCCGGUUUCUCACAAGAGAGCCUGCAAAAUCGUAAAACGUCAGUGUCGAGCAUGAACUCGUCGGCCGCAGGCCGUGCUCUGUCCAGCACAGAUGGCCUCACAAGUCCUUCAGCGGGACCCAAUGGAGUUGGCCACGAGCCUGAAGUAGAUGCUGGCGAACGCCAAGUUCUGGAGCAAGCGGGUCUUUUGGAAAUCGACGCAGCCGGAAUCUCGGCAGGCAGACCUCACUCGUUUGUAGGCCAGCCAGAUGAGGAGACCGAGAGGUCUAAGAAGUCACGAGGAAGUGUGUCGGACAAGGACAAGCUGGAGAGGAACAAGAUUCGUCGCAGUUUGCAGAGGACACUGCGAGACGGCGCUGGACAUCUUUCACAUCAUCGCAGUCGCAGAGGGAAGGAUUCGAGCUCCAGUGCUGCCUUGUCCGACGAGACCGUCCGCGAGGAAAUCCUUUCCCGCGGGACGGGCAGUUUUACUGUCCAUGGCAAGAAAGCUUCCGUCAUCAAUUUUGGUGAUGAGCUCCAGAAUCUUUCUCCAGAAGAGCGCAUGCGUCAGCGCAAGCAGUCGCAGCAGCUCGAUGAAAAUGGAGUGCCCAUGUCUCCUGGGAGCGUUGACGACGACUUCCACUCCAUCGUGAGUGGUGAGCCUUCUGAAGACCGGCGCGGCUCGAACGCGAGCGCGAGCACAGCCACAGCGCGCUCCUUCCGUGAACUGCAUCGCAAGUACUCGACGACGCGAAGCCAGUCGAGAGGUCGCGCGGGCGGACUGACUGUACCAUCAGACAACGAUGACAGCGACGCUGCUAUCAGCUUUUCCGAUGGUCGCAGGACGCCUCUGCCACCGCUUGAUGAUGAGGACGAGCUGGACGACGAAGAGGAUGGCCGCGCCGGCCCUCGUGGAAUGCCACGCAGAUCUGUCUACUUGACCCCUGAACCACCAGCGGAUGCCUCCGACUCCGAAUCAGAAGACGACGAUGAUGACGGCGACAACAAUGACGCCGCUGGCCGGGACGCCACUAGCACCGACAAGGCUGGCAGCAGCCUCGAGAAAGGGAAAGACGUCGAGCGACUGCCCAGCCCACCCGUGCAGGCAGUCUCUGCCUGA